AACCGGUAAACAUAUAAACAUCAAAAUUUUAUGAUUAAUUAAAACUUAUCAUUAAGAAAUUCCUAUGAUGCUUAGUCGAGUCACGAAUGAUUACAACCUCAACUUAGUCUGUGCUUUGUUUACUUGGCAGUUUCUCAGUUUGAGAGUUUUUUUCAAGUUCAACUGUAUCUAAAAGAGAUGAUUGUGACAAACAGGAUAAUCGUGUUGAUUCAACAGGUUAUGAAUUUUUUAUUCAAUAGGAGUUAAUCAGAGGAUUGACACAUUUUUUAUCUCUACCUGACUUAUUGAAUUUAAACUUCAAUGAUAACAAUAUUUCAGUAAUCUAAGUCAACUCAAUUCUGAAGAACGCGUAAAUGUUAAAAAAAAGAAGCUCAUCUCAGCCAAUUGAAAAUUGCCAUUAACGUUUAGCUUCAUUUUAUGCAAUUCAUCCAGUGAUUAAUUACAUUGUUGUCCGUGUCCGUACUAUUUAAUGCUUCAACAAUCAUCAUAAAAAGACUGUUUAAUCACAUAAAGAAAUCAAAAAGUGUAUUUAAGAGCUGCAUUUCAAAAUGGCAUCUCUACAUUGGGAACAAUUGAAAGCCAUGUACAAAAAGGAUUGGCUUAUUAGAAAGAGACAUUGGAUUGUCACAAUAUUAGAACUAUUUUGGCCAAUUUUAAUGUAGAAAGUCGGGAUAUAACUCACCAAUGGUACAGCAACUUUCAAAACAUUCGGAUGCAUACUUCUAUUAUAAUAAUACAUUUCACUGUUACUUUUAUGGAAAACUCUUUUACUAUUCACCAACUGGAAAUAUUUCAGACUUUCUGAGUCCAGCUGUCUCAAAAUGUGGCUUGCGUACAGUUGCUAAACAAAGUGAAUAUGACGUGAUUAAAGACUGGGGUGACUCAAUUGAUAACAUCUAUACGACAAGUCCAGCUCUUUUUAUCCAUGAACUUGAUCUAGAUAAAGGUAUAGCUAAUUACACGAUUGGGACUGGAAGAUUAGUAUAUCCUGGACCUUGGUCUAAACGUCUGAUUAAACCAUCCUAUCAAUCAUAUGUGAGCCCCCAGUCAAUACUUAACAUAAUAUUGGCGAGUUAUCCAAAUGGAGAAAACCUUACGUAUAACAGUUUCAGUUAUCACUAUACCAACAAAUUGUUUGAUGAAGGUGAUCCAAGUAGUGAGCAAAAUUAUGUAAAUCAUAAAAAUGGUGAUCCAACUCCAGACCCAGGUAGAUCACCAAAUGCUUUGGACUUUUAUCAGGCUUAUACUUUUCUCCAAACUGGCUUUCUCUAUGUAUCUACAAUUAUAGCUCAUCGUAUUAUACAAGAGAAAGCAACAAAUUCAAAGGAAUUACUAAGAAUUAUGGGAUUAUCUGAUGUCAUUUAUUGGAUUUCUCACUUUAUCGAUUAUUUAUCUUUGAGUAUUUUCCAUGCAUCUGCCAUUACAAUAUUGUAUUCCAUUUCUAAUAAGAAUCCGUAUCCUGGUUGGAAUGGAGGUGUAUUUUGGUUCAAUUAUUCCUUCCUUUCUGUGGCCAAUAUUCUUUUUACAUUUACAUUUUCAACGAUAUUGACUCGCCCGACAAUCGGUGUUUUGAUUGUAACGGUAGGCCGUUCUGGACUAUCUUAUUUAGCAUUUGAAGCUAAAAGAGGUAAAUUUAAUUUUCUCUGGAUUUCGCCAAAAAUAUGGUCAUGUUUGCUUCCCGAAGGUCAAAUUCAUUUUUCAAUUUACGAUAUGUUUUACUUUGGUGGAAAGAAAAAAGUUUCUUUCUCAGAUUUGUUCUCAUCACUCGAUGUUGCUGAUAGUAUCAGUUUCCGAUCAAUCUAUUUGACAGCCAUUCUUGCAUGGUUAGCCUACCUUGUCUUCCUUUGGUACUUGGAUGCUGUGUGGCCUUGGCAAACUGGAACACCUAAGCCAUGGUAUUUUCCAGUUUCACGAUUCUUAAGAAAAUCAACAAAUAACGGAACCCUUGGUGACAUGGCACCAUCGUACAACUUGGAUGAAAUCAAUGCCAAUGCUGAUAAAAAUGAAGCAGAGCCAAGUGAUCUAAAAACCAAUAUUCAAUGCACCAAUUUGUAUAAAGCGUUUGGGUCAAUGGGCAAUAAAAAGUUUGCUGUAAAUGGACUUGAUAUGAAUAUUUAUAAAGGUCAAAUAACUGCUCUUCUUGGUCACAAUGGAGCUGGUAAAACGACGACAAUGUCAAUGAUAACAGGAUUAAUUCCGCCUACAUCGGGUAAAAUUUUGGUUCAUGGUAUAGAUGUUCAUCAGGAUACUGCUGCAGCUCGCCGUCGUCUUGCUUUGUGUCCUCAGUCUAAUUUGUUGUUUGAAGAACUCACAGUUACAGAAAAUCUUGAGCUUGUUACUGGUUUACGAGGCUUAAGUCCACAAAUAAAAAAAGAUAUAAUACCAUUGAAUAUAAAGCGAGUCAACUUGACAGAUAAAGCUAAUACACUGGCUUCCAAUUUAUCGGGUGGUAUGAGACGUCGUCUUCAAUUGGCUUUGGCACUAACAACUGCCUCGGAAACAUUGAUUCUUGAUGAACCAACAUCAGGUCUUGAUCCAGAAUCUCGACGACAGUUAUGGAAUCUUUUACUGGAAUUGAGAAAAGAUCUGUCCAUUUUACUGACAACUCAUUUUAUGGAGGAAGCUGAUGCUUUAGGAGAUCGUAUUAUUAUUAUGGCUUCCGGUAAAAUCAAGUGUUCUGGAAGUUCGAUGUUUUUGAAACGUCAAUUUGGAGCUGGAAACUCAAUUAGAAUAGCCAAAGAUACUAAUUCAUUUGAGCUUAAUCGCUUAGAUCAUCAAAUACGAAUACACUUUCCCAAUGCUUUUGUGACUAGUGAGAGUAGUGAAGAAGUUAUCUACCAACUUAGCCUGGAUUCUGAUGGAUCGGACAAAAAGUCAACUUCAUCUUUGAUUAGCUUAUGUGAUUAUCUUGAUAACAAUUUGUCAACUCUUGGUAUCACUUCAUAUGGCAUUUCCGUUACAACUCUUGAAGAUGUUUUCCUGAAGGUUGCUGAAGAAGAUAAUGAAAAAAGACAAACAAAUAUUCAGAUGGAAGAUAGAUUAUUUGAAAUUAAUAAGAUACUUGACUACACAAAAUUGACAGGAUUUGCAUUGACUUUUCAAAGACUCAGAGGUUUGGUAAUGAAACGUGUACAUUACAUUAAAAGACAUUACAAAACCAUUGGAUUCACCAUUAUCCUACCAGUUCUGGUCAUAUUACUAACAUUUAUGGCGACGAGAAACGUAAAAUCUUACAUUAUUGAUUCAUUUGAUGAUUAUCCGUAUCCAAUUGAUCUGAAUUUGAAAUCGAUUUAUGGUGAAAAUGCUAAAGCAGUUAUCCGAGCUUCUUCCAACAAAAGUGACCCUUUCAUUGAAGCGUAUCGUAUCAUCAUGAAAGAAGAGGGAAUUGAAAUCGUUGAAAUUCAAUCUUCUUUGUCAAUGGAUGAUUACAUGAAAACAAGUAAACAAACUGGAGAACAAUUUAUGAGAGAAAACAUUAUCGGCAUAAUUGAAGACCCGAAAAGUCUAAAAGGCUUCACUAUCUGGUACAAUCCAAAAGCAUCAAUAUCUUUUCCAUUGAGUCUUGACGCCUGGACCAAUACUUUGAUUCGAAUGAGUGACGAAGCUAGAUCGAACUCAAAAGUAGUUACGACAUAUCUCCCAAUGCCUAAUCGAGGCGGUAAACAGCCACAAAUACUCUCCAUGGUAUCUCGUAUUUUGUCAGCAUUAUUUUCACCAAUCGCUUUCAGUUUUAUUGCUGUAUCAUAUUUCCUCUUUCCAUCCACUGAAUCUGCAAAAAAGGCUAAUUUGAUUCAAAAAAUGAGUGGUAUUAAAGCUCCAAUCUUUUGGUUCAGUCACAUUAUCUUCGACUUUUCUUACCAUAUUAUUGUGUCAAUAAUGAUGAUUUUAGGAAUCACUAUAAUUGAUCGCUUUAUUUUCACAAGCAAUGAAGUAUUUUUUUCUGUUUUCAUACUUAUGAUACUUUAUGGUUUGGCAUCGAUUCCAUUGUUUUAUUCAUUCUCAUUUCUGCCGAUAGAACCUGCUCGUGGAUUUUCAUUAUUAAUUAUCAUUUCACUGAUUGGUACUCAUAUUGGUUCAGGGUUAGCUGCAAUUUUUGUUGCUACAAAAAAAAUUAAAUCACUUCAUGUAUUUCUUGGAGAUCUUUUUCCACCUUUUGCCAUGUCCUUUGGUUUGUCCAAAGUUUAUUCACAAGUAACUUUAAUCAAAGAAUGUCGUAAAUACAAUGCUUGUAAUCCUGGUAAUUUAGUGUCUCGUCCUAUCUGUUGUGAUAAAAAUUCAAAAUAUAAAAAGUAUGAACCAUUUGCGUGGAAAAACGAUGGAGUUCUACCUGAAAUUGCAAUACUUUGUCUGGAUUCAGUUUUAUACAUACUCAUUCUAAUCUUAUUAGACACUAAUUUACAUCGUUUCAACUAUUGGUAUGAUUCAAUACGGAAAAGGUUAUCAUCUUCACCUCAAUCUCAAGGUAAAGUUGAAGGCGAUGAUGUUACUUCUGAAAAAUAUCGCGUUGCCCAAUUAAUAAAAUUAGGCAGAGUCAACACUGAAGCUCUGAUUGUCAGUGAAUUGAGUAAAGACUUUGGUUCAUUCAGAGCAGUCGAUAAAAUUAGUUUUGCUGUUCACAAAGCGGAAUGUUUUGGAUUACUUGGUGUCAAUGGAGCUGGUAAAACGACAGCAUUCCGAAUGUUAACUGGUGAUUUGAUGGUCACUCAAGGCGAUGCUUUUGUUGAAUCAUAUUCAUUGAGGAAAGAUUUAUUGAAUUUCCAACAGUCUAUAAGUUACUGUCCACAAUUUGACGCUUUGCUUGACAAACUGACGCCUCUAGAAACUUUAACAUUAUUUGCUCGUAUCAGAGGAAUGCCUGAAAAUAAAGUCAAAGAAAAUGUCAACUAUAUAAUAACAUCAACUGAUUUAACACAAUUCACAAAAACCUGUAACGAAAAUUUAAGUGGCGGUAAUAAGAGGAAAUUAUCAUUAGCAAUUGCUGCUAUAGCUAAACCUAAGGUUAUGUUUCUGGAUGAACCUACUACUGGUGUUGAUCCGGCAUCAAGACGUAAGAUUUGGUCCACAUUAAUGCAUCUACGUGAUACAAGUGGCUCAUCAAUAGUAUUAACUAGUCACUCUAUGGAUGAAUGUGAAGCUUUAUGCUCUAGGAUUGGUAUAAUGGCAAGAGGAAACUUUAAAUGUUUAGGUUCAGCUCAACAUUUGAAACAAAAAUUCGGUCAAGGAUACACUUUGGUUAUCAAAAUAAAUCAAGAAGCCUUGAAAAAAGAUGGCGAAGUUGAGAGAAUCCAAAGAUUUAUCCAAGAAAAGUUUCCAAGUGCAAUAUUACGUGAUUUUCAUCAAACUAUUCUUCAUUACCAUGUUAAGAAUGCUUCAGCUCGAUGGGGUGAAAUGCUACGAGCAUUGGAACAAGGAAAAAGUUCACUAAUGAUUGAAGAUUUCACUUUAACUGGAACAACAUUAGAACAAGUUUUCCUUUCAUUUGCCAAAGAAAGUUGAUCUACCAAAUUUUAUCAUAUUUUGUAACUUAUUAUUAACAUUAAAAAGUCCUUAUUUUGUAUUAUAA